AUGGAAGGACCAGGAGCAGCCACGGCGCCGCAGCUCAGCCCGCGCACCGUUGAAGAGGUUUUCAGGGACUUCAAGUGCCGGAGAGCCGGCAUAGUCAAAGCUCUCACCACCGAUGUUGGUGAAUUUUACGAGCAAUGCGAUCCUGAGAAGGAGAAUCUUUGUUUGUAUGGACUGCCUAAUGAAGAGUGGGAAGUUAAUCUACCUGCUGAGGAAGUUCCUCCAGAGCUUCCUGAACCUGCUUUGGGCAUCAACUUUGCCAGAGAUGGGAUGAAAGAAAAGGACUGGUUGUCUCUGGUUGCAGUUCACAGUGAUGCAUGGUUACUUGGAGUGGCUUUCUAUUUUGGUGCCAGAUUCGGUUUUGACAGGGCUGACAGGAAACGUCUCUUCACUAUGAUAAAUGAUCUGCCAUCAGUAUUUGAGAUUGUGACGGGCUCUGUGAAGAAACAGGCGAUGGAGAAGUCAGCAGUUUCAAAUAACAGCAUCCAUAAGCCAAAGUCAAGCUCUAGAGGGCGAGGCUCUGAACCAGGCAAAUAUUCAAAAAUGCUGCCAAAGGACGAGGAUGAGGGACUGGAUGAGGAAGAUGAUGAGGAGCAUGGGGAAACUAUGUGUGGUUCCUGUGGGGAGAGCUAUGCUGCAGAUGAAUUCUGGAUUUGUUGCGACAUUUGUGAGAAGUGGUUCCAUGGAAAAUGCGUGAAGAUAACUCCUGCCAGAGCUGAGCACAUCAAGCAUUACAAGUGCCCUGCAUGCAGCAACAAGAGAAUGCGGCCUUGAUCUUGCAAGAAGGUGGAUUAGUCGUAAUUAAGUCAUGUUGGAUAGAUCAAGCUAACUAUUUAGAGUUAUCUGCAUGUGAGCAGUGGUGGAACAACUUUCAAGUUAGUACUUUGUUCUUGGUUAUAUUAGUGUUUGGUGAUUUGAAGGAUCUGAACUUGGGUGUUUAAUAUGAUUGUAAACCGGCUUAGUGUUGUUUCAACCUGUUACUUGUUCUGACAAAUGCCUUGUGCACUAAAUUAUCUUCUAUCCAAUUUCAAACUUCAGUCUUUAUGAUC